AUGGAUCAAAGUUUGUAUAGGAGUAUGAUUGGUAGUUUGUUGUAUCUUACAACUAGUAGACCUGACAUUACAUUUGUUGUAGGAAAUGCAAAUUCCUUGCUUAUAGGAUAUUGUGAUGCAGAUUGGGAAGGCAAUGUUGAUGAUAGAAAGAGUACUUUAGAGGAUAGGAAUAUUCAUGUGCUGAUAUCUCAUGUUUUGGGUAUUGAACCUAAGACUGGUGUUGUGUCGGAUGUCUCCACAUCCUUGGCCCAACCUGAUAACACUACUGAAACCCGUCUAGAUAAAUUUGAUGUCAAUGUGUCUACUCAGUCUUAUGAAAAAUCAGAAGAUAAAGAGGAUUCUGAUGGAAAGUCUAGUUAUUUAGCUGACAAAGAAGAAAACUCUAUAGAGAAGAAGGAUCAAUCUCCAGACAUCGUGAAUAUAAAUGACCUGGACUCUGAUGAUGAGCCCAUUGGUAAAAGACUGGCUCCUAGAAUAUCUAAAAGCAAGGUAGUUACUCCUGUUUCCAAGAAGAAAUCUCUUAAGAGGAAGGAAGCCCCUUCUGAGUCUAGUGAAUCUGACCAUGAUGUUGAACACAAUGUUCAAGACAUUAUUUCUUCUACAAGAAAGCAAGCUUCUGGGAAGAAGAUUCCAACAAAUAUUCCUGAAGUUCCAAUUGACAACAUCUCAUUUCACUAUGUGGAUAAUGUAGAAAAAUGGAAACUUGUUUACCAAAGAAGACUGGCAUUGGAAAGAGAACUUGGCAAAGAUGAUUUUGAAUGCAAAAAACUAAUGAGUCUAAUUCAAGAAGCUGGAUUAAUGAAAAUUGUGACUGGAUUUGGCAAGUGUUAUGAAAUGCUUGUUAAAGAAUUCAUUAUGAAUAUCUCUAAGGAAUGUGAUAACAAGAGGAGCAAGAAGUUUAGAAAAGUGUAUGUAAGAGGAAUGUGUGUGGAUUUCUCUCCUGAAAUCAUAAUUAGGUUUUUGGGUAGAAAUGAAGAAGGACGAGCUGAAGUGGAAGUUUCUGACAAUGUCAUUUGUAGAGAGAUUACUGCUAAACAAGUUAAGGAAUAG